AUGGCCGAGGGUCUCGUCAGGAAGCAGUUUGUCUGCGAGUGUGGUCGAGAAUAUAUUCGCAAAGAGCACUUGCAACGCCACAAAGCUACACACGGCCGUCCCUCCUUUACCUGUCCUUCCUGCGACAGGUCCUUUACUCGACUCGAUCUACUCCGCCGCCAUUCGAAAAUCCAUGGCGCCGUCGUGCCCGACUCCCGCAAGGAGCCCGCUUGCGAUGCCUGCCACGCCAGCAAGAUCAAAUGCGAUGGCGGCAGCCGGUGCUCCCUGUGCCGCAAACGUGACAUCGAGUGCACCUACCAGCGCGCCAAUCUCGCCCGCCGUGUGAUUGAUGCCAACCCCGAUGUUGUCUUUGAUCUUAGCGGCGGCAACUUUUCCGCCAACCGGGCACCGUCCACCACGAGCCACCGCGGCGCCCCCAAGGUCACCGCCCGGAGCGUGCGCGGUACCAGCCGGACCAGCAACAGUUCCGCAAGCGAUGCCUCGCCGCCACCCGCUCUCAUGAUCCCCAUCAGUGCAACACCACUCGAGGCCUCUUGGAACGAGCGCACCAAGGCCGGAACCCGUGUCAUUGCCCAUGCCAUGGGCGUCCUCCGCGAUGGCGGAGAGAGCGACGCGCUUUCCAACCCCUCCCCGAAAAUGAAGCUUUGGUUGGAUGGCUGCUUCCAAUCGUAUUUUGGUCAGUUCCACGAGACCUGGCCCAUCCUCCACGCCCCCGAGGCUGAGGACCUUCUUGAGCAUGUGCCACUCGCCGCCUCAAUCGCCAUCAUCGGGGCCUGGCGCCAAAUUACUGACCCGGCCGCCAUGCAAAUGAUCUUUGCAAUCCAUCAAAUAUUGAUGCAAUAUCUAUUUGCGCAAUUGACACGAUUUACAUUCGAUUCAGGUCAGCCUUGGCCUAUCGUGUUAUACCAGGCUAGUCUGCUGAAUGCCAUCUUUGCAUUCGAGAUAGGGCGAGAGUGCCAUACAUCAUCAACGGAGACAUUACCCGAGCACUUUUAUGCCCUGGAUUUAUGGAAAGCACGAGUCAUGGAAGAGGUUCGUACCAGCGGGAGCAGUCCACCAACACGGUCCAUAGUGCGUUAUGCUGACCACCCCAGGCUGGCCAUGAGUGCCCUCAAACUUGACCGCGGCAUUGCGUUACUUUACAAUCAAUCUGCGUUCAUCCACAAUGAAGAGCUCAACAUGCAGUUGACUUCUUCAUAUGGCAUGUGGAAUGCACAUGGGCUUCAUGUGCUGUAUCGUCGAAUCCCGCAUGAACUGUCGCAGCGCCAGGACUACCGAACCUCGCAGCUCAUGAACAUGACCGAUGUCAAUCUACCUUUUCCCUUGCUCACUGAAGACAUAGAGCUUGUACUGCUCGGCACCGCCAAUCAUGUGUGGACGUACCGGCGACAGCUCGGUGCCGGUGCAACUCCUGCGGACCUGACAGGCCAGCAUAUCCACAUCAUGUUGCAACUGGAGCUGUGCCGGCACCAGCUGAACCGCAUGUACAGCAUACAGAUGUUCCCCAAGGAUCACGCUGCGGAGCUCGAAGUGCUGCUGGCGUCGUACUAUGGGCACGAGGAUGACGAGACGGACCCGGUGCUGCUCAUGACAGAGGCGAUGCGGCGCUUCUGCCAAGGCACCUUUGGCGCGGCCAUGCUUCAACUCCUGCUGGAGCUGCACAUGUGCGCUGACGUGCAACAGCUCAUAGACGUCACGUCGGGCCUCUACGAGGGCAACGAGCUGUACACGGAGACGGUGCUGCGCAAGCAGGCGCUCAUUUCCGAGUGGGUGGUCAGCGGUGAGGGGCGCGCCGCGGCGAUCCGCGCCCUCACCAUCCUGCGCCUCUACGAGGAGCAUGUCGCGCGCACAGGCAACGCCAACAGCCGCUGCCUCGAUCCCAUUGUCCACAUCAGCCUGCUCGCCGCUGCCGUUGUCGCCCGCGCGUGGGCCGAGGGCGUCGCCCACGGCUGCAUCUGCGGCGCGGCGCUCCCCACGCUCGAGCUCGGCGGCAUGCCUGGGCUUCCGGAUGAUGGGCCCGCCUUUGCACCGUGGAUUGCCACCGGUGGCCGCCUGCAGUAUAACGGCGUCGCGCUGUGUGGGUGUAACUUGCUGCAAUGGCGGGAGAGGUUUACCAGGGGGCUGCCGGAGGGAGGCUGGCGCCAACGCAUGGAUCGAAACUGGCCGAUCAUGUAG